AGAGGGGCGCAAUCCGCGCCGCGCGCAGACGCCGCGACCCACCCAGGGGGGUCCCCAGCGAGCAUCCCUCCUCCCCGCCGAGCCCGGGACCUCCUCCCUCGAGCCGGGAGCGUCUCCCUGCGCCAUCGUCAGCGUGAGCCGAGGACUCUGCACAGCGCCACUCGAGCACGCCGGCACGGACCCGCGGACAAUGAGAAGCCUCUCCUCCACCUCCUCCUCACUCGGGCAUCGGCGGUGAUUUUACAAUCGACAAGAGGGAGGAGGAGAAGCUGCGGCUGAGCCAGGCGGGACGAUAACCCAGGCGGUGCCAGUCCGUGUCCACGCAGACUGCCCCUGCUGCUGCUGCCCCUGCUGCAGCUGCUGCCCCUGCUGCCACAGAGAGCACGAUGUCGUGUGCCGGGUGUCGCGGCGCCGGCUGGGUGUGGGCGCUGCUCACGCUCACCCACAUGUGGUGCGUGCUCUCCCCCGCGCCGGCACAGCUCUUGGCAGGCACGGUGGCCAAGUGCACGAACGAGGGCGAGGCGGUGGAGAUCCCCUUCAGCUGGAACAACCCGUGCAUCACGUGCGUUUGCAAGAGCGGCGAGGUGACGUGCGAGCGGGAGAAGUGCAGCCCCGUGCCCAGCGACUGCCUGCUCGUGGUCAAGCGGCGCGGGGCUUGCUGCCUCGAGUGCCAAGGCUGCCGGGCGCGGGAAACCAUCCCGCAGGAACUCAUGGCGCACCUGGUGGGAGCCCCGCACUGCUUGCAGCAAUCCUGCCAGGAGGGGGUGCUGACGGUGGCUGCCCGGCGCUGCGUGCUGCCCUGCGACCGCCCGCUCUACCAGCACGGCCUCUGCUGCCCCCUCUGUGCCGGCUGCUCGUUUGGAGGCCACGCGUACCGCGAGGGAGAUGAGUUCCACCCAAACAGGAACCCCUGCAUCUCGUGCGUGUGCUCGGACGGGAAGUUGCAGUGCGAGCAGGAGGUGUGCCCCGUGCUUUCGUGCCCAGCCCGGCUGUCCCACACCCCGCCCGGCAAGUGCUGCGCCACAUGCAAGGGCCAGAGGAAGGUGUUCGAUCUGCCCGCGGGGAGCUGCGUCUUCCAGGCCAAGGUUCUGGACAACGGAGACAUCUUCAGCCACGGUGGCUGCACUUCGUGUGUGUGUAAGAACGGCACGGUGGAGUGCGAGCGGAGCUGUGGGCCCGGAGCGCUGGGGGACGCGGGCUGUGAGGCGUGCAUCUCCGCCGUGCGCCCUCACAGCAGCUGCACCGCCCUCAACGCCACCUACCAGGAUGGGGAGAGCUGGAGGCCCGAGGUGUGCACCUCCUGCGUGUGCCACAACGGCAGCCAGCGCUGCCAGCCCAUCCAGUGCCCCCCCACCGUCAGCAGCUGCCCCCACGGAAAGGUUUUGACCCAGAAGCCGGACGAAUGCUGCCUCAAGUGCGCCGAAAAGCCGGGCGUGUGCACGGUGUUCGGCGACCCGCACUACCGCACCUUCGACGGCAAGGCCUUCAACUUCCAGGGCACGUGCCGCUACACGCUCGCCAAGGAGUGCUCCCCGCCGGCGCGCGCUCCUCCCGCCUGGGCGCCGCGCGUCGAGGUGGUGGUGCACAACGACGCGCGCCGCACGCGCUUCUUCUCGUGGACGCGCGCCGUCGAGCUGCGCGUCGCCGGCGCCACCGUCACGCUGAUGCAGCACCUGCGCGUCGCGGUCAACGGCACGCGCGUGCCGCUGCCCUUCGAGGCCCGCGGCUACAGCGUCAACGCCACGGGGCAGCUCGUCACCGCCAGCACCGCGCUCGGCCUGUCGGUGACGUGGGACGGCGACAGCUUCGUGGAGGUGACGGCGUCGCCGCACCUGCGCGGCCGCCUCUGCGGCCUGUGCGGCAACUACAACGGGCACCGGCGCGACGAGCUGCUGGGCGGCGACGGCCUCUUCCGCCCCGACGUGGAGGAGUUUGCCGAGUCGUGGCGCGACUCGCGCGAGCCCUGCUCGGGCGCGCCGCGCGUCCUGGCGCCGCACCUCUGCUCCAAGUCGGCCAAGCACCGCGUGCGAGCGCACCGCGAGUGCCGCAAGCUCAAGUCGUGGGACUUCAAGAAAUGCCACAACGUCAUCGACGUCAUCCCCUUUUACAGGUCGUGCGUGAUGGACAUGUGCGAGUGCCCGCUGCACAAGCGCUGCUUCUGCGAGCCGUUCCUGGCGUACUCGCGCGCGUGCGGCCGUGAGGGAGCCCCCGUGCGCUGGGACCCGCUGCUGCACUGCCAAGAGCCGGUGUGCCGUCACGGCGCCGUGUGGUCGGCGUGCGGGCCGGCGUGCCCGCGCAGCUGCCGGGACGGCAACGCGGUGCCGCCCGCGUGCCAGGAGCCGUGCGUGGCCGGCUGCCACUGCCCGGCGGGCUCCGUGCUGCACCAGGGCCGCUGCAUCGCGCCGGCACUGUGUCCCGCGCCGUGACCGCCCGACUCGGCCGGCUCGGAGGAGCGCCCCCCCCCUACACCCCCCCCCCCUCUCUCUCUGCCGGCGAUCGGAUGUGGGCAGCGGGCGACUUGUUGUUGUUGUUGGAAGCUCGUCUGAGUUUGGCGACAGCGGUGGUGCAGGCGGUGCUGCUGCUGCUGCUGUAUUUAUCGAGUGCGCUGUGUGGGGGGGCCGUGUGCGUUACUGGGCGGAGAAGCGGUGGCAUCACUCUCGCUCGGCGCGUUCGUUUCACGGAGCCCCCCUCGCCGCCGCCAGUAAGAUGUUCUCAACCUACAUGCCGUGCAUGCGUUGCCAUGUUUGUACUUGAAUAACGAUAUAGCAAGUGUUCAAACUUGUUCUAAUUUAACGGUGCUUUUAUUCUUCACGAAACAAAAAACAAAAAACCACGAGGAAGCAAUUAGUGGCCCUUCGGUCAGGUGGGCGAGAGACGCCGCUGCACGUGACUCGACGGGCGGAGGGCCACGUGCGAGGGGGCACGCGACACCCCCGGGGCAGCGCCGUCGACGCUGAGCGCUCUUCAGCAAACGGUUCAACGCCGAACAGAAUGAGUCACGACGCAAUCAGCUUUUGUCUCUCGCGCCGUUCGGCUCCGGUUCGCAAUCCCCCCCCCCCCCCCCCACAUCUACGGGGAAGGGUUGAGACGCACUCAGAGGGGGAGGGGGACACGGCCUGCGCUGGUCAUUGCGUGACGCUCCGUGGCAAAAGCCCAGAGCAGCAGCGUGAGCACGCGGCUCGGCGGAGCCACGCGGCGUCCGCUCAGCAUCUGCACAAGAAGAGUUCUUCGUCGUCACGAGGGAAGCCGGCGAGCGUGGUAGUGGGCGCAGCUCCGUUAUUUAUGCGCCGUCCUCUCUCCUGGGACGGCAGUCGUUCCCAUCGCCACAGCCCAUGAUUGCAUCCAGCUUUGUUUUGAAAAGUGCUGUACUUAUUUUGUUGUCCGCAGUCCAAAUGCAUCUCCACACCAUCGCCUCCUCCUCUUCCCUGCCCCAAUGUCCACCUCCCCCCCCCCCCUCGUUCCCACCACUGUCAUUCUACCGUUCCUUUUCACAGUCCUCGGCUGUGACUUCAUCCCUCACUUUGACCUCCCCCCACACCUGACCUUUGACCUCCCCCCACACCUGACCUUUGCAGGCACCUCUCUGCAACCUACAUUGCAUCAUCAUCAUCACCGCGUGCUUUCUGUCUACCUCCCUCCUCCUCCCCUUGCUCCACUUUUUCUUGCACAUCUUCUGCGUGCCGCCGUCCAUCCUGCUCCUUCUUGGCCACGAGUCACCUUCCUCCGCGGCUGCCUCGACCGGGUAGCUGCCUCUCGCUCUCUUCCCCUUCCGUCCAUCCUUGCAAUUAGUCAUCCACUUCCUUCUCCACACGCCUCUUCUGCUACAUCAUUCUCAUCUACACCUCAUCGUCACCAUCGUAAAUCCUCCUCGUCGUCCGUUCGUCCCCAAGGCCACUUCUCUUCCGCCCAUAGGCAGCGCCACAGCGGGGCAGGGAGGCUGUUGCUACCCCCCCCCCUUCCCCAUUAGCUGGCAGGCUGUUGGACGGCCUGAUACGAGCAGCCUGGGUGCAGAUCUCGAGAGAUAAGAGCUCUCUGUUUUUGUGUGUCGCAUUGUUUAGAAUGUUGGACCGGUGAGGAGAUGACGUAUCUGCGUUAUAUUUGCCGCCAACGUCGUUGAAGCGAAUGCCACCCUGGUCCUUGUUCUGGUCUCAAUGUCGUCGACGCAGGGAAUCAAUCACCCCGACAGCUGGAAGUUGUGCCAUGUAAAAGAUGUCACUCGCAUCUAAAUGUCGGAGCCUCAUGAAUACGCCGACUGCGCAGUGUUGACGGUGCCCAGGCUGCAGUGCAGUCGUGAGCCAAACGUUACUUCGGCUGCCAUUGCGAAGCUGUUACAAUGCAGGUGUGAGUGUUUGCUGUUGUUGUCAUUUUGCACAUCCCUUGGCACCGUUUCCUCUAAGAUGACCUCCACCGCCCACCCACGUGCUACCGGUGGCUAUGAAAAAUCAACAGGCCUCCCUCAAUCCGCUAGGAAGUUGACUCAGUCCUUUCUCAAGCCAUGCCAGAGAACCGAGUACCAGAGUGAGGUGUUUUUUGUUUGUUUCUUUCACGGUGAGACUCCCCUCACAACAACAAGAAUGUGGAAUUUCCACCACUGGCUCAGUCUGCAAAUAGGAGAUGAGCACGUAUUUUGAGCAGGAAACCACUUGGGAGUUUGAGAGCGUUCAUUGGCCUCCCCGCUGUGAGUGCGAUGUCCAGGAGCGCCGCUGAUUGAAGCCACCUGUGCAGGCCUGCGGAUGGCGCGCGGCACGGACGUUUCAUUUCAGUUCAGCCUCGGAUUCGGGGGCCCUGGGGUGCAGGGGCUCGUUGUGAGAUUGUGGGGAUGAAUGCAGGCUUCGCCUCCAUAACAAUGAGCAAAACAUUGUCAAUAGAAUAUAAUUCUUUGAAUUCGUACUACAACAAAAUCAAACCAGGACACCAACUUAUUUAAAGAUGUUUUUUUUUCCAUCGCCCUCAUUUCCAAAGGGGCCCCGCAAAUAGUUGCGGCCUGGUCCAGCUGCAAACACAAAAGCCACAUGCGACCACACCACUCCCAUCCAUGUCCCUCAGCUCAGGGAAUCGUCGUCGUCGUCGUCAAGCAUGGACAAUCCACUGCCCGACGAAGCCUCCCAAAGCCCCCCUGGUGUGGGAUCCCGCAGUCUCAUCUCCCAGCUGUGGGAGAGCCGCCACCCCAGCGUGGACGCCGCACGUGCGGCCUGGACGCCGGGCAGCACGUGCGGCCUGGACGCCGGGCCACUGGGGGUGGCAUCGGCACGCGGCCGCCGCGUUCACUGCGCUGACCCCUCGUGAGCCCCCUCGGCACCCCCCUGCCCCCCCCUCUCCCCUGCCCCCCCUCCCCCUGCG